GCCUGGAUGAUUGCCUGCAGCAGUAUGUCCAUAAAUUUGAACGGGAGAAGAUAAAUGGUGAACAGCUGUUACAGAUUUCUCACCAGGACCUUGAAGACUUGGGUAUCUCACGGAUUGGACACCAGGAACUGGUUCUAGAGGCUGUGGAUCUCCUGUGUGCACUGAACUAUGGCCUUGAAACAGACAAUAUGAAGAACCUGGUUCUUAAGCUGCGAGCAUCAUCCAACAAUCUGCAAAAUUACAUCAGCAGCCGUAGGAAAAGUUCAAAUUAUGAUGGAAAUACCUCUCGCAAGCCCCCCAAUGAAUUCCUUACUUCUGUGGUAGAGCUUAUUGGUGCUGCUAAAGCCUUGCUUGCAUGGCUGGACAGGACCCCAUUUACAGGUAUUGCUGACUUUUCAUCAAUGAAGAACAGAAUCAUUCAGCUCUGCUUGGAUCUCACUACUACUGUUCAGAAGGACUGCACUGUGGCUGACAUGGAAGAUAAAGUUCAGACUGUAGCCAAGACUUUAAAUGGCAUUUGCGAUAAAGCCAUCCGAUCAACUACAGAUCCCUUGAUGAGCCAGUGUGCAUGUUUGGAGGAGGUUCACUUAACCAACAUUAAACCUGGAGAAGGCCUGGGAAUGUACAUCAAAUCAACUUAUGAUGGGUUACAUGUAGUUACUGGAACUACAGAAAACUCCCCUGCUGAUCGAUCUCAGAAGAUUCAUGCUGGUGAUGAAGUGAUCCAGGUUAAUCGGCAAACUGUGGUUGGAUGGCAACUAAAAAAUCUGGUGGCAAAAUUGCGAGAGAAUCCUGCUGGAGUUAGGCUGCUGCUUAAGAAACGUCCUACUGGGUCUUUCCAUUUCACUCCUGCUCCGCUAAAGAACUUGCGCUGGAAACCACCCUUAGUGCAGACCAGUCCUCCACCAACUUCAGUCCAGUUACCAGAAAGCACCAUGGAUACCUCACUGAAAAAAGAGAAGCCAGCCAUCCUGGAUCUGUACAUACCACCUCCGCCAGCUGUUCCAUAUUCUCCUCGAGAUGAAAAGGGGAGUUUUGUAUAUGGAGGAGGCAACAAACCCAGUCAGCCACUACCUGGGUCCAAGGGUGCCGAGUCUCCCAAUUCUUUUCUGGAUCAGGAGAGUCGAAGGCGAAGGUUUACUAUUGCUGAUUCAGAUCAGCUGCCUGGGUAUCCCAUGGAAGCAAAUAUCCUACCAGCCAAGAUGAGGGAAAAAACACAGUCCUAUGGAAAGCCUCGUCCUUUAUCAAUGCCUGCUGAUGGGAGCUGGAUAGGAGCUGCAGAACCCUUCUCUAGGCCACGAGCACCAGGGAGAAAAGGUGAAGAUGUCCUCUGCAGGUACUUCAGUAAUGAAAGGAUACCCCCAAUCAUUGAAGAAAGCCCCUCCACGCAACACCCCCUCUCAAGGCCAGUGUCUGACAAGCAGUUAGUAAGGGGAAUGGAUUAUAUUCGAGGUAGCAGGUGUUUUAUGAAUACAGACCUCCACAACAGUGCAACAAUUCCUUUUCAAGAGGAAGGUGCUAAAAAAUCCUCUGUUACAUCGUCUACAAAAUCUUCCUCUGCAGAGCCCUCGCUGCUGGUCAGUUGGAUCACAAGACUGAAACUGUUGACUCAUUGACUGUUGUCCACAGGACUGUUACCAAGUGCCUUUGCUCAUCAGUCAGACUUCUACUUUUCAGCUUAACUGAUGCAUAGUGACUAACGUGGUAUUCUUUUCCUGGAGAAUCUUACAUUUUUGCCUUUUUGUUUGUGAUAUUUUUUUUCAUGGAUCAGAGGGUUUCAUAGUGGAAGGAGGCAAGACAGAUAAAGAUCAAGUUCCUCUUCCUGGCCACAAGUUGAGGGCAUUUAUACCCCUGGAAAUAAGUAAAAUUUCAGUGAUGUAGAGGCCACAUGUGACCUGAAAU